AUGACUUCUAACGCUGUUGAAUCGUUCAAUAAUGCUCUUCUGCCCGCUCGUGAUAGUCCUAUAAUGGCAUUGUUCGAGUUUAUUCGCCGGAAGCUGUGUACAUGGUAUGUGAGCAGACGCACCGAGAUCAGUAAGAUGAAGGGAAAUGUUCCAGAUAAUAUUCAAAAGAUACUGGUCGAACAGCUGGUGCUGUCAACGGGCCUUCUAGUUAUGCCAUGUUCGACUUGGUUAUUCGAAGUUACGCACAGGCCAACUAAUUUUGGUUUCACGGUUGAUCUGGAUAAACGAACUUGCACUUGCCUCGAAUUCCAAAAGCUUGGUUUGCCAUGCCGACAUGCCAUUGCUGCUGCUUCUUGCCGUAAUAUGCAGUACACCAUGUUUGUUUGCAAACACCAUCUCAAAGAGACAUGGGCUGAAACAGUUAGGGGUAUCAUACUUCCGGUUCCGGAUCCAAAGGAUGUUGAAGUGCCAGCCGAAAUACUAACGGUUGAUCUUUAUCCACCAACGACCAAAAGAACGAAGGGAAGACCAUGA